AUGCUUCUAUUCGGUGUUGCCGCAGGCUUGCUGGCGCUUGCCCCUGUAGCUCAAGCAAUCCAAAAGCAUCCUUUGCCCAUCAGUGAGCUUGCGAAGCAGAUCCGAGGCAGCGCACCGCGUAUCAAUCUUAGCGCUAGGGAUGAUGACCUCUCAGCGAUUUACCCCGAGUAUAACCUCUCGACGCCAAUUGACCACUUCCAUAACGAUUCCACAUACGAGCCGCACUCCGAUGGAAAGUUCGGCCUCCGAUACUGGUACGACGCGCAAUUUUACAAGCCGGGUGGCCCAGUGAUCGUGCUCGCAGGCGGCGAGACCAGCGGAGCUGAUCGACUACCCUUCCUACAGAAAGGCAUCGUGUAUCAGCUUGCGAAAGCAACAAAUGGGCUCGGCGUCAUUCUCGAGCAUAGAUACUACGGCGACAGCAUUCCCGUAGAGGACUUCAGCACCGAAAACCUGCGCUUCUUAACAACAGACCAGGCUUUGGCGGAUACUGCUUAUUUCGCUAAGAAUGUCAAAUUCGCUGGCUUGGAAGAUGUAGAUCUUAGCCCCGAAAGCACUCCUUGGAUCGCAUACGGUGGCAGCUACGCUGGUGCCUUUGUCGCGUUUCUACGCGUCUUGUAUCCCGAUGUUUACUUCGGCGCCAUCUCAUCGUCCGGGGUGCCCGAGGCAAUUUGGGAUUACUGGAAGUACUUUGAGGCUGCUGCCGUUUACGGUCCACCGGCUUGUGUUGAAACUACCCAGAAGCUUACUCAUGUCGUCGAUAAUAUCCUCAUUGGCAAGAAGGGGUCAGACUCGGUAGCACAGCUUAAAGCAGUAUUUGGACUGCCGAACGUGACCUACGACAAUGACUUUGCUAGCGCGAUCAAUGGUGGCAUUUACGGUCUACAGAGCUUGAACUGGGAUCCUACCCAGAGCAGUGACUCGUUCUUCCAGUACUGCUCAAAUGUCUCUGCGGACACGGUAUUAUACCCCGCCACUGAGGCAAGAAGGGCUUCCGUCGAAGAGUUGAUCACUCUCGGUGGUUAUGAAGAGGAAGUGGAGACCUUAGCAAACCGAUUUCUGAAUUAUAUUGGCUACGUCAACUUAACUUCGGUUUCUAGAUGCAGAGGGUCACAAGACUCAUGCUAUUCCACGCAUGACAGCGAAUUUUACUUGAAAGACGACCUCACCCAGAGCUGGCGGCUGUGGCAAUACCAGGUCUGCACCCAAUGGGGUUAUCUCCAAACCGGAAGCGGUGUUCCGGAAGACCAACUACCUCUGAUCUCGCGCACAAUCGACGUCGAUUACUCGGCUCUUAUCUGCCAAGCAGCCUUCAACCUGACCGAGCCAGCCGAUGUAGAACACAUCAACAAGCUUGGCGGAUUCAACCUCAGUUAUCCGAGACUCGCGUUCGUUGAUGGCGAGUGGGACCCGUGGCGUGCCGCCGGUGUUCACGCGAUCGGUCUCACUGAGAGGCCUAACACGCCAAGCGAGCCCUACAUUUUGAUUGAUCGCGCCGUCCACCACUGGGAUGAGAAUGGUCUUUUCCCUAACGAGACAACUGCGGAUCUCCCGCCUCUUCCUGUCGCAGAUGCUCAGAAGCAAAUUGCGACAUUUGUGCAACAAUGGGUGCAAGAAUUCACUGGUAAAUAUUAG